ACUUUUGCUCAAACAGCAUCAAAUUAGUUAAGAAAUCAUAAUACCCACGCUGUUUGCACCAUUUUAUUGCAGAAAUGGAGAAUUGAUCAUCUCACCAUACAAAAAUCCAGCUCACUACUUUCAAUCUAGUACUUCACUGAUUGCCUCCUAUUCAUUGCAAAAAUGGAGAAUAGGACAGAUCGGUGAAGUACUAGACUUGUAGUAAUGAGCUGAAUUUUAGUAUGGUGAGAAGGUCAAUUCUCCGUUUUUGCAGUGAAAUGGUGCAAAAAGCGUGGGUAUUAUGUUUUCUUGCCUAAUUUUAUGCUGUUUGAGCAAAACUUUGGGCAACAGUGUUGUUGUUUUCUCCAUUUCUUGCAACAUAAACAACAUAGUUAUCCAAAGUUUUGCUCAAACAGUAUCAAAUUAGGCAAGGAAUCAUAAUACCCACGCUUUUUGCACCAUUUCAUUGCAGAAACGGAGAAUUGACCUUCUCACCAUACCAAAAUUCAGCUCAUUACUACAAAUCUAGUACUACACCGAACGUGCCCCAUUGAACAUCUCACCAUACAAAAAUCCAGCUCACUACUUUCAAUCUAGUACUUCACUGAUUGCCUCCUAUUGAAUGCCUGUCGUAUCUAAUGCUAUCAACAAGACCAGACAUAGCGGCGGCAGUCAACACGUUAAGCCCAUAUCACUCAGCACGAACGGACGAACAUUGGAAUCACCUGAAGAGGAUUUUGCGAUACCUUAAAGCGAAGACGGCUAAUAGCCGUCUUCGCUUAAAGGCACAAGAGAUGUUAGAUUAGUGUAUUCCCGUGCAACAGACUCCUGUCCAUCAAUAGGAUAUGCAGACGCAGAUUGGGGCAAUGAUGGCGUGGACAGACGAUCCGUCUCAGGUUUCACCUUCCAAAUCUAUGGAACGUUUCAUGAACCAGGAAACAGAACACCGUGGCGCUCUCAUCAACAGAGGCAGAAUAUGUUUCAUUAAGUCAUGCAGCUUGUGAAGCAAAUUGGCUACGGAAUGUAUUACAAGAAUUUGGAGUCAAUAUUGCAGAACCUUCACAAAUAUUUAAAGACAACCAGUCAUGCAUAAGGAUUGCUGAGGAGCCACGAGAUCGUCGAAGAAUGAAGCAUGUGGAUAUCAGAUGUCACUUUAUUCGAGAAUGCAUCCAGAACAAAACUAUACUGCCAGUUUAUAUGUCCACCAAAGAGCAAGUUGCUGACAUAUUUACGAAAGGGCUGUCUGUCGGACCAUUGCUACAUCGUCGGAAAAAGCUGAAUCUCUUCGGUUGAGAAGCGGUGUUGAUCACAGCAACCGGAAGUCGAUGGUCACGAUCACAGCAACCACUGCAGCAGAAGUGACAAUUACUUUUUCUUUUUUUUUCUUAUUACAACCGCUACUGUAUAAAGACGUUACUCAAACCACUGCCUACUCAUUAGUAUAAUAGUCGAGUUAAAGCAGUCAACGCUGAAUAAAAAGGAAACUAACCAGAAAUGAACCAUAUGUUAGUGCAUAGCUGUAAUACAAACGCAAUACAGUUUUCUGAAAUCAAUCUAUCCUAUUUUCUAUUAUGCCUGGUAUAGAAGGUUCAAUUCGAACGAGCAUCUGACUUGCAAACUUCUCAAAGAUGUUCAAUCCAAUGGAAUGAUAUGUUUAGACUGAGCAAAUGACUUGGGUGUCCACUUGCAUACUUUUAAUGCAUCUCCGUUGAAGCAAGUGUUGUUCAACUCAUGCGGUGCGCAAGCAAACUGAAUUGAAUUCAUCUCGCUGAAUGAUGACUUGAAUUCAACUCAAAUGAAUCGCCGCCUCCAAAAAUAUGGCCAUACGUAGCACCUUUUUCCAACACUGCCUCCCUUAUCGUUACAUCUGGAGAUCACCACAGCAGACGGAAUCUCAAAUCGACCAGUUGUGAUUGACGGACGGCACUUCUCCGACAUUAUCGACGUCAGGACCUAUCGUGGUAAAACUGCGCCCAAAACUCUCCGUCAUCAACAAUGUACGGUACCGGCGACCGCCACGGUACAACCUAGAGCGACUGAAACAACCGGAUGUCGCCUCAGCAUAUGCGCAGAAUCUUGAGGCCGCGUUGCCAGACGAAGGCGAGCUCGAUGAGGCCCCUCUAGAGGACUGCUGGAGUACAGUGAAAGCAGCCAUCAACGACGCAGCCGAGAGCACCGUCGGGUAUGUGGAACGGAAUCGACGGAAAUGAAUGGUUCGUCUAAGAGUGCAGAACGGUUUUGGAGAAGAACGCAGCGAGAGCGGUAAUGCUGCAGCAAGGGACUCGACAGAACGUGGAACGUUUUAAACAGAAGCGGAAACAGCAGACCCGCCUCUUUCGGGAGAAAAAGCGCCGCCUGGAAGAAGCGGAGUGUUUUUUUUUCUUUUAAACCAUAGGGGGGAAAAUCUGCUCAACAGACACCUUAAUAGUAGGGUAGUGUGGGGCUAAGGCCGUCUUCUACAACACAAGUAUAAGCCAGGACUACUCUCUCCUCGACCCACUAAAACACAUUCCUAUGGUCGCUGUUGCGAAACUGGCAACCCAGUCAGGGCGAAAUCGGAAUGAGCGAAUCCUUGACAGAUCCGAAGAAUGACAUCAGGAACGUCAGGUGGAGAUUUAGGCAAACAGUACCUAGAUGAAUCGAUGCGAUGACGUGGUGAUUUCUAGUGCUUCGUACAGAAUUUAUAUUCGAUGAAAAUUGCUGAAUUUGUAUUUGAUAUUUGCUGAUAAUUUUGAUAUGUGCUCUGGAAUAGUGGCAGGUGUGCUUGACACAGGUGUUAGUUAGGUGCAUAGAUAGAAUUAAGAUAGAUUUCUUGAAUUUCAGGUCAAUAGCUACCACAUAUCACCUUCUGAAAUCUAACCUUCAACUUUGGGUACAUAGGAGUGUUUUUUGAGAAUUUAUAGUUGUCCAGCCAAUUCUAUAAGUAAGAAUUAUACCCCUUCCGUCCUAAAUUCUUUUGCAAUAGUUAACUCAAUUAUUCAUCCAUAGUUCGUAUAGGCGAAGACAGCGACAUUGUUGGGAAUACGGUUUGAUUUUGAUGUACGCACUGAAAUUCUUGUAGCUAAUGCUAACGAGAUUCAGCGUCCCAUCUCAAUAUUCCCCAACAAUUCCUACAAGAAUUUCAUCAUGAGCCGAGCGGGCGAUCAUUCAGCCAGAGGCGAUGUUGAUGAAACCACCAGCCACGUAGAAAGCCUGGGAUCAGCCUCAACCACCGCUAGCCGUCGAGCCAGGCUGCAGAUGCAGUUACAGCGGCUCGAGGAGGAGCAAGCCAUCCAGAAAAAGAAGGCCGCACUAGAAAUAGAAGCGGAGUUUACCAGGAAGAAGUAUGAGGCCUUGGAGGCAUCCAUAGCAGAUGAUUCUGUGAGCGUGCGGAGCCGAAUCAGCAAAGGGAAGUCUGAUAAACAGGUACGUGAUUGGGUAGAAAAACUUAACGUUCCGAUGGGGGACGGCAAUCAAGUUGCCGCCGACGACGACAGAGAGCUAGAAGGCGCGGUCGGUGGGGUGAUGAAGAAAACGGAUCCCGAGAAGGAUCAAGUGAAGUUCAACCCCACAUUUCCAGCUGCAGCGAAGCCAGUGGACGUCGGCAGAUCGACAGGAAUCGAUCACCCAGGAAAGGGCAAACCAUCAAAAUCCGAUGAAGUAGAGUAUCUACAACAAAUGCUCGAGCAGUACAAGACGCUGUACUUAGCAGAAAAGCAGAAAAACCAGCAGCAGCCAUCGAUGCCGGAUAUUUGUGGCAGCAAAGGAGCAUACCCGAAAAUGAAGGCCGUCGAGAAUGCGGAUGAGCGUCCUGCAUCAUCAACCCCAAAGCCGACUGGGGAAAGGCAGGAUGACACCGAGAAGCUACACAAGCUGAUGUCGCAUUCAGCAACUGACGGAUCGGGAGAAGAUGUCCAAGCCGGCCAAAGGCCAACUACAGAUGGCGUAUUUGGGUUACGCCAAGGCAUCUUUCGGAGAAGCAACGUUCCAGCCGUUGGUAACGCGUCAUUUGCCACCGGAAUCCAGCGACCAAGAAGCCCAAAUGACACGGUACCUGAUGGGGCACCUAUUGGGAGUGUUGACCAUCCAGCCGUUCUUCAGAUGCGGCCUGAACCCGCCAUAUUCCCAGUAGCAGUCGGUCCCACGCCUCAACAGCUUGCCGCUCGUCAAAUUCUUCCCCGAGAUCUACCAAGCUUCUCCGGAAACCCCGCGGAUUGGCCUGUAUUCAUCAGCCAAUACACGUAUACGACCGAAGCGUGCGGCUAUAGUGACGGCGAGAAUAUGAUUCGCUUGCAGCGCUGUCUGAAGGGUGCAGCCUGGGAGGCUACAAGAAGCCGCCUGAUUCUCCCCGCAUCUGUACCCCACGUCAUUGAGUCGCUUCGUAUGCGCUAUGGGCGGUCCGAGCUGCUGAUUGAGUCGCUGAUUGAGAGGGUCAGGAGCACACCAAGUCCCAAAGCGGACAAGCUGGACACCAUCAUCGAGUUCGGUACGAAAAUUCAAACCUUGUGUGAUCAUAUCACAGCGGCGAACCUUUUGGAUCACCUCGGCAACCCGACCUUACUGAAGGAUCUGGUUGAAAAGCUGCCGGCGGAGUAUAAAAUGAGAUGGGCGACGUACCGGAGGAAUCGACCGCUGGUGAAUCUCCAAACGUUCGGCGAGUAUAUGGAGGAAGUCGUCGCCGAUGCAUGCAGCGUAUCGUCAUACGGAGGAAGUGAGAGCGAAAGGUUCGCAAAGCGUGAAAAGGGAAGGACACCCGACCGAACUCUUCUUCAUUCCGAUGCCGGGGGAAACAGUAACACGUUAGCGAAAAGUUACAGCAACCGGCCCAUAGAUUCCAGCAACAGCUUCGAGUGUGCGAUUUGCAAGAAGAUCGGACAUCGUGUGAGGGAUUGUACGACAUUCAAGGCACUAGCAAUCGACGAACGUUGGAAGAGGGUUCAAAGUCUCGGAUUAUGCCGAACUUGCUUGUACAACCAUGCCAGACGAUCGUGUCGUAUCACCAAUAGAUGUGGGGUGAACGGUUGCCUAACUCGUCACCAUCCCCUCCUACAUUCCACCCCAAAAGAUACAACGACUUCCAACGUACCGGCACCACUGGACCAUCACUUCCAUAACCGACACCUUCCAUCCUUGUUGUUCCGUAUAAUUCCUGUCGUUUUGUACAGCGGAACGAACAAAGUAGCUACGUACGCAUUUCUGGAUGAAGGGUCCAAUAUUUCGAUGAUCGAACGGCAGUUAGCAGCGACGCUGAAGGUGACUGGCUACCGGCAUCCGUUGUGCCUUAAAUGGACUGGUAACGUGACGAGGGAAGAGAAUGAUUCGCAGCGGAUUACGAUAGAGAUUUCGGGCACCAAUCAACGAGCACCGAGGUAUAUUAUGACCGAUGUUGGAACCGUGGACUCCCUCGACUUGCCCAGGCAAAGUUUGCCGAUCGAGAAGCUAGCCGAGAGGUUCGGGAAUCUGCGAGGUCUGCCCAUUCAGGGGUAUCACAGUGUUACACCUCAGUUGCUAAUUGGAGUUGACAACCUUAAACUGGCAGUCCCACUCAAGGUAAGAGAAGGCAACGUGGGUGGCCCAGUUGCCGUGAAAACAAGGCUUGGAUGGUGCGUAUACGGAGGUCAUCGGGACGAAGGACAGCUGUCCGUCAACUACCACGUCUGCGAGUGUUCAGAUGGCGAUUCCCUUGACAAAACAUUAAAAGCGUAUUUUUCACUUGAAGAAGCUGGAAUACAACCGACCGGCGCCGGAGUAACUGCGGAAGAUGAGCGCGCCUUACGGAUCCUCGAACAAACUACCCACUAUUCCAAUAAUCGAUACGAAUCGGGUCUGUUAUGGAAAUACGACGAUUUUGAAUUUCCUGACAGCUACCCUAUGGCUGUCAAGCGGUUCGAAUGUCUGGAGCGCAGGUUGGCCAAAGAUCCAAUACUCAACGAAAAUGUUCGGAAGCAGAUCCACGAGUACGAACAAAAAGGCUACGCACAUCGCGCGUCACCCCAGGAGCUGAACAACGUUGACCUUCGUCGCGUGUGGUAUUUGCCACUUGGAGCCGUAACCAACCCUAGAAAACCCGGAAAGGUGCGGCUCAUCUGGGACGCCUCUGCAAAGGUUGAUGGUGUUUCUUUGAACAGUAUGCUACUGAAAGGGCCCGAUCAGAUGACACUUCUUCCUGCGGUACUUUUCCGUUUCCGGCAGUAUCCAGUCGCCGUAAGCGCCGACAUCAAGGAAAUGUUCCAUCAGGUACGAAUUCGGCCAGAAGAUCGACAUUCUCAACGGUUUGUGUAUCGAGCCGACCCAACGGCGCCGCUGGAAACGUACCUGAUGGAUGUGGCCACUUUCGGAUCAACUUGCUCCCCCGCUACAGCGCAAUUCGUGAAGAAUACGAAUGCCAACCGAUUCACACAGGAAUAUCCCAGGGCAGUUGAAGGAAUCAUCCACAACCACUACGUGGAUGACUACCUUGACAGCUUUGCUACUACUGAAGAAGCUGCUCAUGUCGCGUCACGGGUAAAAGAGAUCCAUCAACAUGGUGGAUUCGAGAUCAGAAAUUGGUGCAGUAACCAACGAGUCGUCUUGGAACAACUUGGAGAGGUCAAGAAACAAACCGUCAUCGAUCUUACCUCCGGUACCGAUAAACAGUCGGAACGGGUCCUUGGAAUUAUGUGGGAUACACAAGAUGACGAAUUCCGAUUCAGCACUUUUUUGCCCGACGAUAUAACCCACCUGCGAAUGCUUGACACCAAACCGACUAAACGGCAACUGGCGCGGUGCGUCAUGUCGUUUUUCGAUCCUCAAGGGUUUUUGGCGCCAUACCUGAUAUUCGGGAAAGUUCUGCUACAAGACACCUGGCGCGAAGGAAUUGGUUGGGAUGAGCAGAUUUGCGAUGGAACGUUCGAGCGAUGGAAGCACUGGCUAGAGAUGCUGGACAUAUUCAACCAAGUGAACAUACCGAGAUGCUACUUCUCCAUGGGUGAUCUUACAACUCUGGACAUCCACACGUUCGUGGACGCAAGCGAAAUAGCGUAUUCGUGUGUUUCGUAUUUCCGGAUAGCGAAUCCCUACGGACCAGCAGAGGUGGCAUUCGUAGCAGCGAAGACCAAGGUAGCUCCCGUCAAACCAACAACCAUUCCCCGUCUGGAACUCAUGGCUUGCGUACUCGGAGUACGGCUAGCCAAAUUCGUGGUCGAUGGACAUUCUCUUCCAGUUCGGAAACAAUUCUUCUGGAGUGACUCCGAGGUCGCAAUGAGUUGGAUUAACGCGGAUCCCCGGAAGUAUCGUCCUUUUGUUGCUUUCCGAGUGGGCGAAAUUUUGGAAAAAUCUAACCGCGAGGAAUGGCGCUGGGUGUCAUCCAAGCUAAACCCGGCCGACGAAGCAACCAAGUGGGGAUCAGGACCGUACUUCGACAAGAACAGUAUUUGGUACAGCGGACCUGAAUUUCUUCGUCACUCUGAACUCCAAUGGCCACCGAGGAAAACCUACGAUAAGGUGACGGACGAUAUACGCGUCUGCUAUGCUCAUCGCAAUCUAGAAAUACCAGAGCAAUUGCUGGACGUCGAAAGGUUCUCUUCAUGGAAAAGGAUGUUGCGUGUGAUGGCCUAUGUUUGCCGAUUCGUGAACAAUUGUCGAACGUCAAAUACUGGUCAAGAGCGGAAAAUCGAUCACCUGACGCAGUUGGAGUUGCAGAAAGCUGAGGAAUGCUUAUUUCGAGCUGUGCAAUGGGAUUCGUACGCGGACGAACUAGUUAUUCUGACCAAGAACCAACGCCUACCAGUGCAGAAGCGCCAACCAUUGGAAAAGACAAGCGCUCUCUACAAAAUAUCGCCGAUACUAGACACAGAGGGAGUUUUGCGGAUGGACAGCAGGAUUAGUGCAGCUCAACGUAUCCCUGCUGAAAUGAAAUUCCCUGUCAUCUUGCCGAAGCGACAUCGCUUGACCAUGUUGCUUCUGAAGGAUCUUCAUUGCAAGUUGUUGCACGCCAACAAUGAAGCUGUCGUCAAUGAAGCACGGCAACGCUAUUACAUAGCGCAUCUACGGACACAAGUACGACGAGUGUCGAAGGAAUGUCAGAUGUGUAAGAUACGCAAUGCGCAGCCAUCAAUACCGCGAAUGGCUCCCCUUCCAAGUGCUAGGCUAUCCUCUUACGUUCGUCCUUUCACUUACUGUGGUCUCGACUACUUUGGACCCCUGUUGGUGAAGGUCAACAGAAGUCAUGUCAAGCGUUGGGUGGCUAUAUUCACAUGCCUGACAAUACGGGCCGUUCAUGUGGAAGUUAUCCACACGCUUUCAACCGAAUCAUGUAUCAAAGGGGUACGCAGGUUCAUCUCUCGCCGGGGAAGUCCCGCCGAAAUCUACAGCGACAACGCUACUUGUUUCCAUGGCGCCGACCGUCUUCUGAGGGAGCAGAUCAACAAAGGACUUGCUGCGGAAUUCACCAGCACCCAAACCUCAUGGAAGUUUAUUCCCCCAGGCACUCCACACAUGGGGGGAGCCUGGGAGAGGCUGGUGAGAUCGAUUAAGGUGGCUCUGGCCACACUCCAAGACGGUAGCCAGAAAUUGGACGACGAGUCUUUACUGACUUUUUUGGCGGAAGCAGAAGGUAUCGUCAACUGCAGACCACUCACAUACCUGCCUCUGGACUCGAUCGAGCAAGAGGCCUUAACCCCGAAUCAUUUUUUGUUGGGCAGUUCUUCGGGGGUUCGUUUACCAAUUGUGCAGACAGACAACGAAGUAUCUCUUUUGAAAGGUUCGUGGACAGCCAUUCAGAAAUAUCUGGACAUCUUUUGGAGACGCUGGACUAGGGAAUAUCUCCCAACUCUAACAAAACGCACGAAAUGGUUUGGCGAUGUGAAACCUGUCCAACCCGGGGACCUGGUCCUGAUAAUUGAUGACACCAAGCGCAACGGAUGGAUACGUGGACGGGUACUAGAGGUAUUAACAGCCAAGGAUGGACGAGUACGCCAAGCUAUUGUGCAGACUGCUGGAAGUGCACCUGCUAGGAAACCCAUUUCAAAAUUGGCGGUUCUGGAGGUAUUCAAGGAUGCUGGAACCAAGGACAUCAUAGGUUCCACCAGGGAGGAGGAUGUUGCGAAACUGGCAACCCAGUCAGGGCGAAAUCGGAAUGAGCGAAUCCUUGACAGAUCCGAAGAAUGACAUCAGGAACGUCAGGUGGAGAUUUAGGCAAACAGUACCUAGAUGAAUCGAUGCGAUGACGUGGUGAUUUCUAGUGCUUCGUACAGAAUUUAUAUUCGAUGAAAAUUGCUGAAUUUGUAUUUGAUAUUUGCUGAUAAUUUUGAUAUGUGCUCUGGAAUAGUGGCAGGUGUGCUUGACACAGGUGUUAGUUAGGUGCAUAGAUAGAAUUAAGAUAGAUUUCUUGAAUUUCAGGUCAAUAGCUACCACAUAUCACCUUCUGAAAUCUAACCUUCAACUUUGGGUACAUAGGAGUGUUUUUUGAGAAUUUAUAGUUGUCCAGCCAAUUCUAUAAGUAAGAAUUAUACCCCUUCCGUCCUAAAUUCUUUUGCAAUAGUUAACUCAAUUAUUCAUCCAUAGUUCGUAUAGGCGAAGACAGCGACAUUGUUGGGAAUACGGUUUGAUUUUGAUGUACGCACUGAAAUUGUAAGUGAGCACUUUACCCAUAGUUUAAACCCCACUCAUUAAUAAAAUUUAUGUUUUAGCUUGUAGCUAAUGCUAACGAGAUUCAGCGUCCCAUCUCAAUAUUCCCCAACAGUCGCCAAACCCUUCGUCUCUCCGGAACCAUCAAGAAGGUAUUGCUUCAGAGAGGGGCUUGUGCACAUCGCACCCUCAAGGUUAGCUGCGUAGCCUAGCAGCAACGAACAUCGAUGACUCGCUCUGGAGAGUCCAUCACGGUAACAUGCUGGCGCUUAGCCAGUUUCCCGAGUGAUCCUCGCCACUCCCUUUGUCCCCGCCCGCGCCCAACUGCUUUUCAGACAUCAAGAACUGAUGCCCACGUGCAACCCGAUCUGGCCUGCUGAAGACAAGGAUAUCACUACCCUCCAGGCCCUAUCAGCUGCACCAGAAGGUUGCUGACAGCAGGGUCUCCACCUGCCCCGACCCUUGCCGGGGACCCCUUUCCAACCGCGGGCUCGGAUCCAACCCAGUAGACCGACGCCACGACAGCAUCGCUACCGGGACUUCCUCUCUGAGGCCACUUAAUCGCUGUAAGGGUCGAUCUCGAUAGCAGGGCACCGGUAUGACCUACGAAGCCGACUUCGAACCCCUGGACCACCUCUUGUAUUGCAUCUGGACUAGCCAUUCUCCGAGUCCACGCGCCACCUCCUCUGUAGCUCCCAGACGAUAUGGGUGAUAGCCGUUGAAACGGCAUUCCAGCUAAUCUCAUCCCUUUCGGCCAAUGACCAUUUUGUAUGGACAAAUAAAAAAAAUUGUUUGAACAAAUGACCACGGGGGGGGGGGGGGGGGGGUGGGGGGGGUUUGAAAAGUCCCAAAAAAUGACCACGUGGUUUAUGGACAGCCCCAUAAGCCUGUAAGUUCUUUCCAGCUUCCGUCGGUAGCAUUCAGUACUUAGCGCGAUGCCCCACGCCGGGCCGCCAUACCUAAGUAUGAACGUAGCAACACUAGCCAGAAGCUUGCGCUUACUGGCGUACACCGCAGAGCUAUUGGACAUCAUCCGGGACAGUGCCGCAAUAGCUGUGGAGGCUCUUUUACAGGCAUAAUCGACGUGGCUACUGAAGGUAAGCUUAUCGUCGAUCAUCACGUCCAAAUGUUUGACGGAGCGCUUUGACAGGAUAGUGCACUCUCCUACACUAAUCUCCGUCUGCUGCUCCGACUUCCGGUUGUUAGCAUUGUUAGCAACCGUCACAUCAGUCUUGUGGUGGGCCAGCUCCAAUUUCCUGAACCGUAUCCACGCCUCCACAACCUUGAUCGAGAGAAGCGGAGUGUGAAGAAAUAGGACUGCUGUGCCGUUCCCAAGAAACACGAAAGUUCUAUCAGAAGCUCAACGCAUCCCGCAACGGCUUCGUGCCGCGAGCCGAAAUGUGCAGGGAUAAAGACGGAGGCCUCUUGACGGACGAACGUGAGGUGAUCGAAAGGUGGAAGCAACACUUCAAUCAGCACCUGAACGGCGUUUAGAACGUAGGCACGGGAGCCCACGGCAACGGAUGAAACGACGACGCCAGUGCAGCGGAAGACGGAAAUGAACCAACUCCCACGCUGAGGGAAGUUAAGGAUGCCAUUCACCAGCUCAAAACCAACAAAGCAGCUGGGAUGGUAUCGCAGCUGAACUCAUCAAGAUAGGCCCAGAAAAGUUGGCCACCUGUCUGCAUCAGCUGAUAGUCAGGAUCUGGGAAACCGAACAGCUACCGGAGGAGUGGAAGGACGGGGUUAUCUGCCCCAUUCACAAGAAAGGCGACCAUUUGGAAUGUGAGAACUUCAGGGCGAUCACUAUUUUGAAUGCUGCCUACAAAGUGCUAUCCCAGAUCCUCUUCCGUCGUCUGUCACCUAAAACGAAUGAGUUCGUGGGAAGUUAUCAAGCCGGCUUCAUCGACGGCCGGUCGACAACGGACCAGAUCUUUACCGUACGGCAAAUCCUCCAGAAAUGCCGUGAAUACCAGGUCCCAACGCAUCACCUGUUCAUCGACUUCAAAGCGGCAUACGACAGUAUCGGCCGCGCAGAGCUAUGGAGAAUCAUGGACGAAAACGGCUUUCCUGGGAAGCUGACUAGACUGAUUAAAGCAACGAUGGACGGUGUUCAAAACUGCGUAAGGGUUUCGGGUGAACUAUGCAGUUCAUUCGAAUCUCGCCGGAGACUGCGACAAGGUGAAGGACUCUCAUGCCUACUCUUCAACAUCGAUCUGGAAGGUGUGAUGCGACGAGCCGGGGAACGAUUUUCACAAAAUCCGGACAAUUUGUGUUGUGUGCUUUGUGGACGACAUGGACAUUAUUGCCAGAACAUUUGGAACGAUGGCAGAGCGGUACACCCGCCUGAAACGCGAAGCAGCAAAGGUCGGACUGGUGGUCCUUAAAACCAAAGUACAUUCUGGUAGGCGGAACCGAACACGACCGGAUCCGUCUGGGUAGUAAUGUUACGAUAGACGGGGUGGUGGACGAAUUCGUCUACCUCGGAUCCUUACUGACGGCUAACAACAACGUGAGCCGUGAAAUUCGGAGGCGCAUCUUCAGCGGAAGUCGGGCCUACUACGGGCUCCACAAAAAACUGCGGUCGAAAAAGAUUCACCCACGCACCAAAUGCACCAUGUACAAAACGCUAAUAAGACCGGUGAUCCUCUACGGGCACGAGACAUGGACCAUGCUCGAGGAGGACCUGCAAGUACUCGGAGUUUUCGAGCGACGCGUGCUAAGGACGAUCUACGGUGGUGUGCAGGCGGAGAAGGAUGAACCACGAGCUCGCUGCACUUUACGGCGAAUCCAGCAUCCAGAAGGUGGCCAAAGCCGGAAGGAUACGGUGGGCAGGGCAUGUUGCAAGAAUGCCGGCCAACAACCCUGCAAAGCUGGUGUUUGCAACUGAUCCGGUUGGCACAAGAAGGCGUGCAGCGCAGAGAGCACGAUGGGCGGACCAGGUGGAAUGUGACCUGGCGAGCAUUGAGCGCGACCGAGGAUGGAGCCACAAACCGAGUAUUGUGGCGUACUAUUGUUAUGGCUUGUCUCAAAUGUGAUGUUGAACAAAUAAAUGUAUGUAUGUGUGAAUCGCGGGUUUAGCCAGGGCAAAUGAGAUAAUUGCGUUUGACUUGAAUGUAAAAGUUCAACAUGUUCAACUUUCGUUCAAGUCAAGUCAGUUGCUCAAGUGAAAUGAAAGGUGGUGUUUACACGUUCAAUUCGCAUUCAUUGAGCACCCUAAUAAAAAUGUAUUAUACACUGCUGAUAGGGUGAAUGAUUGUAGUAUUCCUUGUAUCAUGAAGAUGAUAGCCCGAAAAGGUUGUUAAGCACGUUGUAUCAUAUUUUUCUAUUAGGGCACUUUCCAUUGACUUGAGUCAAGUCAAUUGCACCAUGUAAACCAGGUAUUAGGUGUCAUCAAUGAUCCACCACUGCUUUCUCUGGGUGCGUAGCUCACUCGAAUUAUUGUCGAAUGAAUGCGUUCUUGAUGACGCUCCAUUGAUCUUCUACGCUUCCACCUUCCGGAAUAUCAACAGCUCCUCGUACAUUUUUAUAUGAUCCAUCAAAUAGACGGGCUUGGUGGUAUAGCAGCUACCGCUUCUGAUUCGUAUGCAGAAGGUCCUGGGUACAUGCUCUGGCCCGUCCCUUUCCUCAUACUUUGGUUACAUGGUUUUAGGAAAAGCCUUUCAUGAGAACAAUGCGAAAAAGUAUGUUUUCUCAUAUAAAAUGCCAUGCAAACUUCAAACGCAAUGCUCAAGACGUAGACAUAACCGAUCGUGCCCAAAAUUUUGAACAGUUGUUGGAGACUUCAAAUGGGACCUAAAAAGCUUCAAUCUGAUCGUAGGUAUUUUCCAUUUUCCCGACCCCCGACAUUCUAUUGUACAUUGAAGAAAGAAAAAUACAAAGUAGAAGUAACGGGACCGGCCUCGGAUUGAAUCCAGAACCUUCUGCAUGCAAAUCAGAAGGAUCCACCAAGUCCGUCUCAGAUUAUGCCUUAACAUGGUUUUCUGGCGAAACGGAUUGGUAUGAAAGAAGAAUUGAUAUCCAGUAGGUAUAUAAAGAGCAUACGAAAUUUGAUAUGUCCUUAACAUUACGCUGGUUGUUUCAAACAGAAUUAUUGUUAAAUAAGAAAAGAGAGACUCUUGUGGAAUAGACGUCCUAUUAGUACAAGGGCGCAACUAAUUACAAUAAUUACAAAAUUACACAAAUUUCAAUGCUUAUCCGAUCAGGCAGUAUCAGCUGACUCAAUCUAUCUCGCCUGCCUCUCUCCCACCGUAAGGACUCUCUUACAACCCCGUUGCGAGGACAAAAAUAGCAGUGCAUCAAGAACAGAGCCAAAAUAGUAUAUGACUAUCGCUUCCAACAGUUGCUCAGUUAUCCCGCCACUAGCCACAAGCAGUGUUGGUAAAAUCACACUCAAGUCUCACUCAUGAACCGCUCCUGCGUGAGCAAAAUCGCAUGCGAUUCUGAAUCAUUUUCUCACGCGCGAGAUUUUCAUGCAAAAUCUCGCUGUCGCGAGUCAAGCGCCGAAAACUCGUUCACUUGUAAAACGAAUCCAAAUCAAUUUAAACGACAUUUAAUGUUUUUACAUGCAAGAUAUGGCCUCUUUCUGUCAUUCAACCGUCAUCACUUCGUUGCAAAUAAUAAGCAAACCGAGAAAUAAAGCAAUGAGUAAAAUCAUGAGUCAAAUCAUGCUUGAUUUUUAGGGCAGUGAGUUUGGCGAGUCAAGAAUCGCGCGUGAAAAAACUCAUCCAUGAGUUUUGAGAUUUUGAGUUUUUACCAACACUGGCCACAAGCUCGCAGCAAACGUAGUCUGUGAUAUCGAAGUGGCGACGAUCGGACACGGCCGCAUCUAGCGGGAAAUCCGGAGCAAAACAAAACCGACAAUGACGGAUCUGACGAAAAACAAAAUCCUCGCCACCGCCACUCGCCUUCUGCCUCUCACACUCUCUCUCCUGCUCCGUACACCUCGGCAUCGUUACAUUACCGGUUGACGGGGCUGCAUUUUCAUGUGGCGACGCCGGCGACGACGACGACCGACAGCGAGCUGAUAUGGACCACGGCGCGUUUCCGAAUGCGACGACAACGACGUCGACAGCAGCGAGAAUCGAGCAGUUUCGUAGGUGCGAGGACCCAUCGUCAUCUCUAUCCCGUACGUCGUCGUCCGUCCGUCCGUCACCGUCCGGUAUCCAGUGCAGAAUGCGGGAAAGCACGCGACUCUGGGUCACGGUGGACCACCAUCCUCAAUCAGCAGGCAGACGGCCUGCCUGGUCGGACAGCGGUCGUCGGUGGGUGGGUGUUUGGAGAGCAACGCAGAGCAAAAUUAGAGUGUGAGCGAUAGACGGUAGAGAGAGCGCACGAGGGAUCAGAGGCAAGCCUCUAGCUAGCUAGGAUUCCGUAAUAAGUGCACAAUAUUUGCGUUAAAGUUUACGCUCUCUGUUUACUAGUAGCGUAGUAGCCCCACCGCAGCUGGGUAAGCAGAAGCAGCAGAUAAUGAACGUAUAAGCAUGUACGCAAAUCCGCAGCUACGUAUUAACGCGUUUAGGUCACUGCACAUCGGAGAUUGGACGCGAAAGGUCAUUGAACCUUGCUUUUCCUGUGUUUGGCUAGGUUUAAAUUUUGGUUGUUACUCGUGUUCUUGAUGGGACUGAUAAAUCUACAUUUGUAAACGACAAACGUUUGAAAUACUUUAUGAAGGAUAAA